AGAGAGAUGAUUGGAUCUCAAACCUACAAGUGGUCCUUGCGAACCCAUGUAUUCCCUUGUUCAUUUCUGGUGGAUGAGGAGCUGUUGCCCAUUACUUAGUAUCCUUGUUGAGAGAACUGGUGGAUGAGGAGCUGUUGCCCAUUACUUAGUAUCCUUGUUGGGAGAACGACUUACUUUGUGCUUUAUGGACGCUAGUAGGUGGUAUUCCACAUCAGAUGAAAAACCUUUUACAGUCACACUUUCGGCACCAGUUUACAUGGCGUUGUUUGCCAUGGAAAUAUACGACAGGAAACUAUUUUAACUCCUUGGAAUGAUACAGCAGUCUCUUGUUGAAAGGCCCAAUUCAUAAAUAUGCCAUGUAGUGAGUAUAGAUUGCGGGCGCAUUUCCUUGACCCCUCACUUUUAUCUCAAGUAGAAGUGGGAGUUAGAUUCAUGUGCAAACCUAAAAAGUGGGUGUGUUAGAUUCUACGCUUUACAGAAACUUAAUCCAAUAAGAAAUGGGGAUUUGGAUCGUAUCUUGGAUGCGGAGGUCGAAACAAGGGGUGAAGCCCACCAGUCCUCAACCACGUAAUGGUCCUGGCCUUUUUGUCUUCUCCGUGAGUCGCACCACACCUGCGUUUGACUUUGGUGCGUGUGGUGAUAUUUGUUUAGUACCUGCGUUUGAAGUCAAAUGUGGCGUCCCAUCUUGUUUGUAGGGAUAUUAAUAUUUUAGGGCUUAGAGCGGUUGGAAAAAGAUUUGAUAAAUGGCUAUCCCACUUGGAGAGAGAAACAACCUCUGAGAUCUCAUCAGAGAUUCAUAUAUAGAGAGAGAGAGAGGCGGAGCGAGUAGAGAGAGAAAAACCAGUGAGAUCUCAUCAUCAGAAAGAUGAGAGAGAAGCGAAUGCGUUGUAUCUCCAUCCAACGUCUUACUGCCGCUCGGUCAGGCUGGAAUUACAGUUAAUACUGCCGCUCGGUCAGGAAGCAUAAGAGCCUGAACCGCAUAAUACAAAACUGGGACCUAGUUUCUCAUACCCCAUCCACCUCCUCAAAAGGCCCACAGCCCAAGUGAGAGAAACGCAGUACCGAACAGGAAAAUAUAGACAGAGUAAAACACAGUGAAAGAAAGACAAAGAGAGGAGUGGUCCUCUUGAUUCUUCAUCUUUUCAAUGGAUGCGAGGCUUAAAUACCAGCAACCUGACAAGGACGAGGGCAGCCAAGUCACCUCCACAACCACUCCCCACAGUCAUCGCUGGGGGCGGUGGCUAGUGGUCGGUAUGUACGCCUGCUCCCUCCUCUUUGGCCAAGCCGUCGCCACGCUCCUCAGUCGCCUCUACUUCGAAAAGGGUGGCAACAGCAAAUGGCUGGCCACUCUCGUCCAAUCGGUCGCCUUCCCUCUCCUCUUCCCUUUCCUCCUCUUCUAUCUUCCAAAACACCAUCACCCCUCUUCCUCCUCAGAUCAGAAUGGCGACAAUAGCAGUACUGGUAGCUCUCAUACACUUGCUUUAGCCUAUGUAGCUCUCGGCCUCUUGAUCAUAGGAGACAACAUGCUCUAUACAUGGGGCGUCGCCCUCCUCCCUGUCUCCACUUACUCUCUCAUAUGCGCCUCUCAGCUUGGUUUCAAUGCCCUCUUCUCAUUUUUAUUGAAUAAGCAACCAUUGAAGCCUCUUACUAUAAACUCAGUGGUUUUACUUACAUUUUCAUCUGCCCUUCUUGCAAUCCAGUCCCCCUCAGACCGUCCCCCGGGCCUCUCCCGUAUAAAAUAUGCCCUGGGUUUCAUAUGCACGGUUGCAGCCUCUGCCCUGUAUGCCCUAAUCCUCUCUCUCAUGCAAAAGGUCUCAACAAGAUGGAGAUGCCAAAACAUUUCGGGGAUUUUAAGAAUGCAGGUUUGGACAUCGGCAGUGGCGACAUUGGUGUGCGUCAUAGGGAUUUUUUGGAGCGGCGAGUGGCGGAAGCUGCGGAAGGAGGCAUCGGGUUUUACUGCAGGCGGUGCAGCAGGGUACACACAGGUCGUUGUUUGGAUGGCGGUUGGGUGGCAGAUCUGUUCAGUGGGUGUUGUGGGUUUGGUUUUCGUGGUGUCAUCUUUGUUUUCAAAUGUGGUGAGCACAUUGUCGCUGCCACUGGUCCCGAUAGUGGCAGUGUUUCUGUUUAGGGAUAAGAUGGAUGGGGUGAAGGUGGCGGCGUUGCUGUUGGCGUUGUGGGGAUUCGGGUCUUAUGGAUACCAACAAUAUUUGGAUGAAGGAGCAGAGCGGCGGAAGAUGAGGAGAGUGGUGGAGACGGAGGGGGGUUUAGUGCAGAUGGAGGGGACGAGAGGGGGUGGUGAUGGUGAAUUGUGCUGAUUCUCUUCUCGUUAAUAUAUAUGGUGAGAGUGGAUUGUGUUGAUACUUGAUUCUAUAUCUCUUUCUGGCGAGGCUGAGUUCUGUGAAUUGUAUUGGUUCGUUCUUUCUCACUACUUCUCCCUUGAGUCUCAUGAUUUCUGGCUCAACUGCUGACAAGAUGAUGUUGGUUCUCUCUCUCAUGUGUCCAUUGAAAUGUUUCACCUCUUCUGAUAGUAAGGCGUUACUGAUGGUUCUUUUGAUAUAUAUAUAUAAAUUUUUAUAAGCA